CAGCACCACUCCACGAGACUACCGCUCCAAUGGGAGCAGGCGGAGUCCAGUGACAAGUUCACGGACCGCGCAGCUCUCUGUCUCUUCUUGCUUGCGUGUAGCGCCACUUCCGAGCCACCGGCCGAGCAUUAGCAAAUGGGCUCCAUGGCCGCUCCGCCGCCGCCGCCGCCGUGCCAAUGCCACCUGGUGUGCGUGCCGUACCCGGGCCGCGGCCACGUGAACGCGAUGCUGAACCUGUGCCGCCUUCUGGCCGCGGCCCGCGACGGCGUUUCCGCCACGGUCGUCGUCACGGAGGAGUGGCUGGGCCUUCUCACCGCGGGCGGCCCGGCCCCGCUGCCGCGGGCCGUCCGGCUCGCGGCCAUCCCCAACGUCAUCCCCUCCGAGCACGGCCGCGCCGCCGACUGGGCCGGGUUCGUCGAGGCCGUCUACACCAAGAUGGAGGCCCCCUUCGUGCGCCUCCUCGACGGGCUCCAGGCCCAGGGCGGCGCCCCCGCGGCCAUCGUCGCCGACACCUUCGUGCCCUGGGCCGUGCGCGUCGGCAACCGCCGCCGCAUCCCGGUCUGCGUCCUCUCGCCGCUCAGCGCCGCCAUGUUCUCCGUGCAGUACCACUUCCACCGCCUGCCCCAAGCUGCCGGCGGCAGCGCUUCUCCCCCGCUGGACGGCGCCGACAUCGCCGAUGGCGUUGGUCCUUGUUUGAUUGAGAACUACAUUCCUGGGCUGAAAUCGAUCAGGCUGGCCGACCUUGAGCCCUCGCACUCCAACAAGGCGGCGUUGAACUCAAUCCUUGAAGCAUACGUUGAGGUGAGAAAAGCACAGUGUGUCAUCUUCACAUCCUUCUAUGAGAUCGAGAGCGACGCCAUUGACUCUCUCAGGCAAGAGCUUCCCUGCCCCGUGUUCUCCGUCGGCCCCUGCAUCCCCUUCAUGGCACUGCAAGAACACAAUGCCAAUACAGAGAAGGAAAGCUACAUGGCUUGGCUGGAUGCACAGCCGGUGAACUCGGUGUUGUAUGUCUCACUAGGCAGCUUCCUCUCGGUGUCGCCAGCUCAGCUCGACGAGAUCGCCUAUGGCCUGGCACAGAGCAAGGUCAGGUUCAUGUGGGUGCUCCGGGACGCAUGCUCCCGCGUGGAGGGUUUGAUCCAGGGGAGCGACGGCAUGGUCGUUCCGUGGUCUGAUCAGCUCAAGGUCCUGUGCCACCCUUCUGUUGGCGGGUUCCUCACCCAUUGCGGCAUGAACUCGAUGCUGGAGGCGCUGUAUGCCGGCGUGCCAAUGCUGACUCUUCCCAUAGUACUGGACCAGCCGAUCAAUAGCCGGCUUAUCGUCGAUGUGUGGAAGGUUGGAUACAGCCUCAAGGAGAAGGUCCGGGCCGACAGCGUCAUCGGAAGAGAUGAAAUCGCUGAAGCCGUGAAGAAGCUGAUGAUGAAUUCCGGCGACGCCGAGGGCGUGAGGAGGAGAGCUUCGCUGCUGGAAGAGGCUUCUCGUACCACGGCUGAAGAGGGUGGUUCCUCAUAUAGAGAUAUCAUGGCUUUUAUCGAUUUCAUUUCACCGUCCAAGAGGUGAAUUGUUCCUAGGGACUAGAUUUCUGAAACAAACUUAGUAGUGUCCUUCUGCAAUGUAUUUGAAUUCCGGUUGGCUGCAAGUGUAUUUCUAAAUGAACUCAAUUAUUGAAAGGGUAUGUGUUCAGUCACAUAUUUUAAAAUGAACUCAUUCGUUUCUUUGAAA